AUGGUCCGCCUCAGCCUUGCCCUCGCCGCUCUGGCGGCAGCAACAACCACUAGCGCCACCAUCUGCGGCUACAAGUAUGGCGCCUGCACCCAGCCCGGGACCACCUGCGUGCCCGUCAUCCCCGGAUGCCCCGACCUGACGCGGUGCAUCGGGCAGUGCGUCGCUGCGGGCGCCAGCCAGCCCAACCCCAACAGCGGCUUCUACCCGCCCUGCGGCGGGCUCCUCCCCGGGAUCGGCUCAAAGUCCUGCCCAAGGUCCUCGCGAUGCAUGUCCGACCCCCGCGUGCCCGGCUGCGGCAUCACCUGCGACGGAGCCGGCAUCUGCGUGCCCAAGCGGGUCAAGCAGUGCCGCGGCUUCCUGGGUCUUCAGUGCCCGCCGGGCCUCCAGUGCUACGACGAUCCCACCGACAGCUGCGAUCCCAACAACGGCGGCGCAGACUGCAUCGGCAUCUGCCUCGUCCCGCUGCCCGGCACGACGCCCACGGACCCCAGCCCUCCAGCCAGCUCGCCGACGAUUGGCAAGAUCAUUGGCCGCGGCCCUAGGCCGGCCCUGGAGUAG